AUGUCGCAACCUCAGCAAUCGUCAUGCCUUCCUGGCCCUGGCGAGCCAAUUUUUAUCGUCAAUCCAACAGCACCGCAUACUUACACCCUCAUCCUACUACACGGUCUUGGUUCUAAUGGGGAAAAGUUUGGGGCCGAGCUCUUGCAGACUGGCGUUUCAUCGUCGGGGCACAAACUCACAGCGCUAUUCCCUGGGGCCCGGUUUGUUUUCCCAACUUCCAAGCGUAGGCGGUCUAGCGCUUUUGGAAGAUCCGUUCUGACACAAUGGUUCGAUAUUGCGCGCCUUGAAGAUCCCUCAUACCGUCAAGAAAGACAACUGCAGGGCUUGGCCGAAUCCGCACAAGAAAUCAUGGACAUUUUGGCCAACGAGUUAAAAAAAGUGCCCCCACAGAACCUGAUUAUCGGUGGUCUGAGCCAAGGUUGUGCCAUGUCCCUUGCAAUCUUGCUAAGCCUGAAGCAGUCUAUAGGCGGUUACAUCGGCAUGUGCGGCUAUCUUACAUAUCAAUCAGCUCUUGAAAUCGCUAUUUCAGACGAGGACAUUGAUGAAGACAAUCCAUUUUACGAUCCCGAGGAAACAGAAAUGCAAGACAAAAGUGUUAAGGCUCAGACCUUCCAAAGAGACCUACUUUCCUUACAGCCUCUUGAUAACCCAAUGCAGAGUUUAACAGCGUCCCGGACACCAGUCUUUCUUGGGCAUGGAAGUAACGACAAUAAAGUUCCCAUCAAGCUGGGACUUGCAGCGGCAAAUGCCGUGCAGAACGCGGGUUAUACAGUGAUGUGGAAACGAUAUGAAGGCGAAGGCCAUUGGUACAAAAUCCCAGAUGAAAUUGACGACAUCAUCGAGUUUAUCGUGUCCAAGGUGGGAUGGCAAGCAGCGGCAACGUCGAGCAAUACUACACCGUCAAUUUAUUAG